AGCGAUACACCAUUGGCCGUAGAUCGACGCAAUUAAUCCUGGGCGGGAAUGUUCGAGCUGUAAACACAACACAGUAUAGUAGCUACUGAAAAUGGCCAUUUCUUGAUAUGAAGAUCCACUAAUGUCUGUGCCCCACGCUGAGCUGCCUUGAAAAGCAAUCAAUCAGCAAAGCAGCAAUCGAUUCCAUCUUAUCCUCUCGCUUCUGUGUUUACAGUGAGCGGUGAAAGGAGUAGCAGAGAUGGCGAUGGGUAUCAACCACGGUGGUUUCGAUUGAGAAAUUUCAAUACCCGCGUGGGCUCAAUUGGGUGCUCACUCUGUUUUUGGUAAGAUAUUUAUAUGUAGUCAAAACCCAUUUCAAUUCGCUUCAAUUUUCAUGGCGGAAAGUUCAGAAGAGGUCUAUCUCCAUGGCGAUCUCGACCUUAAAAUCUUCGAGGCCACCCAGUUGCCUAACAUGGACAUAGUAUCCGAGCGUCUACGUCGUUGCUUCACCGCUUGUGGUACUCUCAACUACUCCGCUAUUAAAUCCGUCGCUACCAACUCACGUUCCGCCGCCGGUGAAGGGAAAGUCCACCGCAGCCAUGGAAAAAUCAUCACCAGUGACCCAUAUGUUACCGUCCGGGUUCCUCAAGCCACCGUCGCGCGAACUCGCGUUAUUAAGAAUACCCAAAACCCCAAUUGGAACGAGCAUUUCGUUAUCCCUCUUGCACAGAAAAUGGCUGAGUUGGAAUUUCAGGUGAAGGACGAUGAUGUCUUUGGCGCUGAAGUUAUGGGGACAGUCAAAAUCCCGGCUCAGCAAAUUGCCUCUGGUCAGACAAUUAGUGGGUGGUUUACGGUGCUUGGCUCAAAUGGGAAGCCACCGAAGCCCGGCACUUCACUACGAAUUGAAAUGAAGUUCACCCCUGUUGAGAAGAAUCCGGUGUACCGCCACGGCAUUGCUGGAGAUCCGGAGCAUAAGGGUGUGCGGCACACAUAUUUUCCGGUGAGGAGAGGCAGCUCCAUGAGAUUGUACCAAGAUGCUCAUGUGCCUGAUGGGAUGCUGCCGGUGAUUGAAUUGGAUGGAAAGAAUGUUUAUAAACAAGAGAAUUGUUGGGAGGAUAUCUGCCAUGCUAUAUCAGAGGCUCAUCAUAUGAUUUAUAUCGUUGGUUGGUCAGUGUUUCAUAAGAUCAAGCUGGUUAGAGAGACAACCAGGCCGUUGCCACGAGGUGGGGAACGUAUUCUUGGUGAUCUCCUCAAAUACAAAUCAGAGGAGGGUGUUCGAGUUUUGAUGAUGAUUUGGGAUGAUAAGACUUCUCAUGAUAAGUUCUUAAUCAAUACGGGGGGAUUGAUGCAGACACACGACGAGGAAACCAAGAAAUUUUUCAAGCAUUCUUCAGUGAUCUGUGUGCUCUCACCUCGCUAUCCAAGCAGCAAGCUAAGCUAUGUGAAACAAAAGGUUGUAGGCACUGUCUUCACGCAUCAUCAGAAAUGUGUCCUUGUUGAUACUCAAGGAUAUGGUAAUAAUAGGAAGAUCACAGCUUUUCUUGGAGGUCUUGAUCUCUGUGACGGUCGUUACGAUACACCCGAGCAUCGACUAUUCCAUGGCCUCGACACGGUAUUUAAGGAUGAUUUUCAUAAUCCUACAUUCCCUGGAGCCAAAGCUCCAAGGCAACCAUGGCAUGACUUGCACUGUCGGAUCGAUGGGCCAGCUGCAUAUGACGUGCUUAUAAACUUCGAGCAACGUUGGAGCCGAGCCACAAGAUGGACUGAGUUUGGUCUACGCUGCAGGAACAUUACUCACUGGCGCGAUGCUUUAAUCAAGAUAGAGCGCAUAUCAUGGAUACUAAGCCCUGAAAUAACCAUCUUAGCUGAUGGUUCAAUAAAAGUUCCAGAGGAUGACCCCAAAGUAUAUGUUUCAAACGAAAAAGAUCCUGAAAACUGGCAUGUUCAGAUUUUUCGAUCCAUCGACUCGGGAUCGGUUAAAGGAUUCCCAAGAGAUGUCCAUGUCGCCGAGUCGCAGAACCUUGUAUGUGCCAAAAACUUGGCUAUAGAGAAAAGCAUUGAAAUGGCAUAUAUCCAGGCUAUCCGAUCGGCGCAACGUUUCAUUUACAUCGAAAACCAGUAUUUUAUAGGAUCAUCGUAUGGAUGGCCGGGAUAUAAAAAUGCCGGGGCUGAUAAUCUCAUUCCCAUGGAGUUGGCCCUUAAGAUUGCAAGCAAAAUAAGAGCCAAUGAAAGAUUUGUUGUGUAUAUUGUCAUACCAAUGUGGCCUGAGGGAGAUCCCAAUAGCGCUCCCAUGCAAGAGAUUCUUUAUUGGCAGGGACAAACCAUGCAAAUGAUGUAUGACAUUGUUGCAAGUGAGCUGAAAUCAUCAGAGCAACCAUAUUUGCACCCUCAGGACUAUCUAAACUUCUACUGCCUUGGCAAACGGGAAAAAGUUCCAGAGAAUGGGCUAACCACUGAUGAUGCAACGGUAUCUAAUUCAAUAAAACAUCAACGGUUCAUGAUUUACGUGCAUGCCAAGGGGAUGAUAGUAGAU